AUGCCAACAUCUUCUGCAAAAUCAAGCUCUAAUGUGAAUUCACGAUUCAAGAAGAAGAUCGAAGUGAAGUGUUGGUGUGAAGAUUUAUGCCCUGUGUUUGUUUCACGCACACCAGAAAAUCCAGGCAAGAAAUUUUGGGGGGGGAAGGAGGUUGUGGGUUUUUCAGAUGGGUUGACGAUGAAGGAGUUCAAAACAAGAUAUUAUGCCAGAGUCAAAUCGGAUUACAGAGCAGCGACAAAUGAUGACAUUAAUGCAAAUGGUUGUUGUUUUGUUAGGGGCUAUAUUAUUCUUGCUUGUUCUAGUAGUAUUCAAGAUUUAAUGGCAGUUGGUUGUUACGCCACUAGUAUUAUGAUCUUGAAAUAUGUAGCUUUUGAUGGUAUGAAAUAUGUAGCUUUUGAUGAUAUUUGA